AUGUCAUCUUCAUUACUUGAACCACCAAACUCAGAUGAACCGUCAAUGGCCAGAGGAGCGAGUAAUAGCGGUUCAACAGAUGGUUCCGAAAGAGGCAGAUCACCCGUUAUGCACUCAGCACAUCUGGAACAUCUGCGUUCAUCUUCCAGAACACCGACUUCAGCAGAAAUAGACGCUGUCAUAGCUGCUGCUAUGGCAAAUGCCCCUCCUCCAAUUCCCAUCCAACCUGAAUUCACCGAAAACAUAAAUAGAUCAGCAACUCCAUUGAUGACAAACCUCCUUCCUGCUGCUGUAGGAUUAGAUGGAAGAGUGAAUCUCUUUGUAGGGAAUCUACCUUAUCGAGUGAGAUGGCAAGACCUGAAAGAUCUAUUUCGGAAAGCUGGAACAGUAUUGCGGGCGGACGUUAGUUUGGGUCCGGAUAAUAGGAGUAGAGGAUACGGAACUGUCCUAAUGGGAAGUAGGGAAGAUGCUGCCAGAGCAAUAGACCGAUACAAUGGUUACACUUGGCAAACACGGACGCUCGAGGUCAGGCCAGAUCGUUUACCUCCAGAGUAUGAACCUCAAAACCAUGCCCCCCAUCCUCCACCUCACCGCCCCGCAGUCUUCCCGUUUCAUUCAAGUGGACAUUCUCCUUAUCCGAUGGCAGGUCAUCUUACACCUCAGAAUGGCUGGCAAGGUCAAGGCCGACCACCUUUCCCUCAAGGAGCAGGACACAGCGGAUCUCACGGAAUGUUUAUUCCUGGACUCGGACCAAAUCCAACUGCUCAUCCUAUGACUAUGAGUGGAUCUUCACCAAUACCACCUAUACCAUCAGCUCAAUCACCUUCUGCAAUGUACGGAACCCUGUCACUACCACUUAGUGUACAAAACACAGGCGGUCAGGCUCAACCUUAUCCUCAACUCGCAGCUUCACCUCUUGCAGGUUCAUUAUCAUCAGGCUUAACUCAACCAACAGGUCCAGGAAAUUAUAUCCCUCGACUAGAUUCUUCUACUCCAUUGUCACAUACAGCUUCUCCUGAUCCUUCCAUACCAGUUCCUAGAACUACUUCCCCUACUCCGGGUGGAUCAAGACCUACAUCUAGUCAAGAAAAGGCUCCUACAUCCAUAUCGCCAGCUAGAGGUGAUAGUGGAUUGGGUAGAGCUCCUCCACCAGGUAAUCUGGGUGCAUUACCUCCUCCUCCGUUCGCUGGCGCAAGCGCAGUCGUAUCUCCGACUGAAUCUAGUCAAGGGGUAGCACCUGGUGUAGAAGCACUGGGUUCCAGUCCACCAGCGUUACCACGAGUACCUGGUGCAUCCGUGCCGCAACUGGAAGGACUCUCGCAUCAAGGUAUGGGCUUAGGUCCUCCCAAUACCUUGCACGAUCGAGUCAUCUUCGUUUCUAACUUGCCAUUAUCUGUGCAGUGGCAAGAUCUGAAAGAUUUGUUGAGACCGGCAGGAACCAUCAUUCGAGCAGACGUUGCCACUGACGCAAACGGACGACCGCGAGGUUUUGGUACUGCCCUUUUCGUCCACGAAGCAGAUGCAGCCAGAGCGGUAGCGAUGUUCAACGACCGGGAAGUACAAGGUCACCGGAUUAGAGCCCAUCUUGAGCGAGAUUCCCAUGUUGAACAAGCUCAUCUCACUGGUCCACCCUAUCGGAACGGAGUUGCAAGUUCGAACCUAAACUUUGCGAAUUCGCCCCCUACGAACGGUUCUGCGGAUCCAGCGACAUCGUCAGGACGAAGAAUGGAUGAUUCAGCGCCUAUCGACACUGCCGCGGAAUCUUCAGCUACUCCCGGAAGAAGCAUCGAAAGUUCCCCUGCAGCGAAGCUACCAUGGAGUUUAAAUACAUCAUUGCAGCACCAAACACCAGGACGACCUGGUCCUGGACCUGGUAUUGGGCCGACUCCUCAAACGCCAGGAUUACAUCAACAUACGCCUAAUUUCAGACAGUUGCAUCAUCCUGGACCUAUAUCAAUGCCACCUUUCCCUUCACUCCAUGAUAAUCCAUUGUCUCCUUUGCAAACUAGAGGUGUAGCACCCAUGACACCUUCAAUGCCAGGGUUCGUAUUCAACGCACCUGUAUAUCCUGAAACUCCACCUAUACAUCACGGAUUCAUGUCUAACAUGGGACCUUUCUCACCUGGAAUACCAGUCACUUCACCAAACGCCUUUGGAUAUAAUCCGUUUUCAGCUCCAGGAGCUCCAGUUCGUUAUCCUCAGCAACCUCAUCAAGGUUCGUCUGCAUUAGGUACACCUACAACUCAAUCUUUCCCGAUGUUCAACGCACACCAAGCAGGGUAUGGUGGUGCAGGUGGUAACAAUGGUCAACAAGGAGGUAUAAUCCAAACGUUACAGAGCAAUCCAAAUCAAGAUUAUUUCCCUCCAACAGGUAAUGGCCAUGGAUUUAGUGCACCUGAUACCCCAACGCCCAAAUUAAACAACAGCAACCGUUUACCACCAGGAAAUAAUCCUUUGAAUGCUAAACAAAGAUUAGCAUCUGCAGAUAUACAAGAAAAAUCAUUGAUUGAUUCAACUAGCAACCUAGCUCUCAAUGUGAAUAUGAGUGAAAAUGGAAACUCGAAGAAAGGGAAUGAAACUCCUGAAAGUCCAAGUGAGUUGAGACGAACUCAUAGUGGUACAACAAGUACGGAUAAUGGUGCUUCUACCAUCGGUUUGCUACCUGGAAAUGAGAUAAAACCUAGAUCGAGUUUAGAUGAAAGAAGAAUAAAUUUAGAUCCUACUUUGUUAGUUAGUGGAACAGAUAGAAGAGCAAGUUUUGGUGAUUCAAGGUAA